UCGUCAUAAUGUUUCCAGUCCUGAUUCUGUGUUUGAUGCUGGUCAGUCGCGUAGAAGGUACAUGGGGCACCAAGAACCGCGACCCUUCAGAUGGAGUUAUGGGAUUCAGCUAUAUCAAUAUGACAUGUAACGAGGCUGGAGACGUGUGUCAGAACUGCUUAGUUACGCGCCUCUUUGGACAAGUGUUCCUAGCAGUUCAGGAAUAUACGAAGGAACCAUACAAAUUCGAGGCCAAAGUGAGUGAAGGGAGGCAAAGCAGGGACUGGUUCUUUUCGCAAGACGAACCGGAAGAAAAGUACCGGUGGUGCGACUCCUUUGAUUCCGAGGCCAGUUGGGAAUACGACAAACCAUGGGGAUACACAUACUGCAUCGAAAACAUCUUUUCUGGUAUUGCGGUACCUGCCGGCUGCGCGAAACCUCUGGCAGUACUGACGUAUGACAUCCACUAUAGCGAUGAAGAACUGCACGGCGAGCAAGUGCUCUUUUGCCUGACCUAGUUUUGAAUCUCUAUCAAUGUUACAACCCAGUAGUACAGUUUGGGCAUGCCGAGCUGUGGCGACACAAUGCUUAAGUAAUGGGGGCAUUCCUCCACACAUAGAGCAAGUGGC